AUGCUCGAAGACGCGCGCGGCUGGCUGCUCGUCCAGCUACGGGCAGCCAAGCCCUCCUUCAUAUCCAAGAAGCCGCACUUCAACUUCAUCUCGGCUCACUACUUCUGGAUUUGCGGCCUCACUAUACUGGGCUCUAUCCUCAUCUAUGCCACUGCCGGAGGGCAGAUGCCAUACAUUGACGCCCUCUUCUUUGCCAGUGGUGCCAACACCCAGGCCGGCCUCAACACCAUUGAUGUCAACCUGCUCAACACCUUCCAGCAAAUAUGCCUCUACUUUUUUACCAUGACCUCCAAUCCCAUCACCAUCCAUUCUUCCGUUGUCUUCCUCCGAUUGUACUGGUUCGAAAAGCGCUUCCAGGGCGUCGUCCGCGAGGCCCGCUUGCGGAGAAAUACCAUGUCCAAGUCCAAGUCCCGGGCGAGGGACGAGUUGAGCCAGGCCGAGAGGGGCCGUCUAAGCGUGCGCAAUAUCAAGGUCAUGCACACCAACGGCCACCGCUCCAGAAUGACCAACGAUGGCAUUCUGCUCGACAUGAAGGAGGACGAGGACGGUCGCCUAUCGCCGGGGAGCAACGGCUUCGUUCCCGCGCACGUCACCCCGCCACAUCAGUCUCCUGGAGAACAAACUCCAGACAGAGCAUCCGAGCAUCACGACGACGCCCAUAGCACGGAUGUAUCGCAGGGUCGAAUUACCUUUGCUCAGCAUGUCUUCCGAAGCGACGGGACGGAGCCCGAAGUCAAACUCCCGCCGCCCAACUCUCCUGCCCACUUGGCCAUCCUCGAGCGCCAACGGAAUGGCCCUGAAGAGACAUUGCGCAUUCCGAACCCCAGAGAUGCCGAGAGGGGCAUGAAGCCAAAGCGAGUAGAAGACAACGCUGCGCCAGAGCCCGAAGACGAAAGAGAAGGCACCAUCCCGCAUAUCCACGUUGCGACUAGCGGAACGAACGACAUGCCGGAUGGUAUAGGCAACAAUGCCGCCCGCCGACCCACGAUCAAAAUCGAAGAACCCGAAAGACCCAAGGAGCCCCAGAGAACGGUCAAGGACGAGAUCGUGGACGAGGCUGAGGUGAUUGGUAGAACCAUCUUUCCCUUCUCGCUGCGCAAGCCAAGGGCCUUCCAGAAGGGUGAUAAGACAACUCACCAUGACGACGGUACCUCUCCAAACCCUCUCGCGAAGGUUAGAAGUCGUACCUUUGACACCAUCAAGACUGCAUUGACCCGCGAAAAAGUCGAGGACAUGCCAUACCUGAGUUUCACACCUACGAUGGGUCGCAACUCUGCCUUCCCUGGUCUGACGCUGGAGCAGCGAGAGGAGCUGGGAGGCAUCGAAUACCGGUCAUUGAGAACACUCGCUAUCAUCCUGCUGUGCUACUUCUGGGGGUUCUCAAUCUUCGCCAUCACCUGUACCCUCCCGUGGAUCUACACCAGCUCCAAUGCCAAAUACGCCAGCCUCAUCGAGUCGUCCGGCGUCAGCAAGGCCUGGUGGGGUAUCUUCACGGCGAACUCGGCCUUCAACGACCUGGGUCUCACCCUGACGCCUGACAGCAUGAACUCGUUCAACGACGCAUCCUUUAUCCUGUUGAUCAUGUCUUUCUUGAUCAUCAUCGGCAACACUGGCUUCCCCAUCAUGCUUCGCGUCAUCAUCUGGAUCUUGUCCAAGAUUGUACCAAAGCGUACGGGACUGUGGGAGGAGUUGCGCUUCUUAUUGGAUCAUCCCCGUCGAUGCUUUACUCUGUUGUUCCCAGCAGGUGCAACCUGGUGGCUCUUCAUCAUCCUCAUCGGUUUGAACGUGCUUGACUUGCUGUUCUUUGUCUUGCUAGAUCUGAACGACAAUGCUGUGAGCCAUCUGCCCGUGCACGUCCGCAUUGUGGAUGGUAUAUUCCAGGCCGCGUCCACCAGGACCGCGGGUUUCACGGUUGUAAACAUUUCGCUGCUGCAUCCCGCUGUGCAGGUUUCGUACAUGAUCAUGAUGUACAUUUCAGUCUUCCCUAUCGCCAUCUCGAUUCGUCGCACCAACGUGUAUGAAGAGAAAUCUCUCGGUGUAUACCACAGUCCCGACGAAGACAUGGAGGGCACCAACGAGAACAGCGCCUGGUCUUAUGUCGGAACCCAUUUGCGGCGUCAGCUGUCUUUUGAUCUGUGGUAUGUGUUCCUGGGCCUCUUCAUCUUGGCCAUCACGGAAGGGCACCGGAUCCAGAACAAGGACUUUGACGUCUACUCUGUCCUCUUCGAGAUUGUGAGUGCGUACGGUACGGUAGGAUUAAGCUUGGGCUACCCCAACGUCAACGCGUCCCUCUGCUCGCAGUUCAGUACGGGAGGCAAGCUCAUCAUCAUUGCGAUGCAAAUUCGUGGACGCCACCGUGGCCUGCCGUAUGGUCUCGAUCGCGCUGUUCUCCUACCUAGCGAAUCCCGGUUCGAAAAGGAGGCCGAAGAGGCGCACCCGGUUCUGGUCCGGUCAGCUACUGCAGCAUCGACCGGAACUGCGCUCAGCGCCACCAGGUCUAACCUGCGAUCGAGGAGAAUGAGCACGAACAGGGGCCAGGGCAACAUCAUCACCCAGUUCUUACACCCAGGGCCCAUGAUCCCUCACGAGGACAGCCUUACAAAUCUAUCUAGACGCAGCAGAUCGUUUGGCACUGAUGAGCGUCCUCCCAUGGGCGAAAACAUGAGGCGGCGGAACACGGAGCCUGCGGACGAUGAUACCACGUCCACUGACACCGAGGCAGCGGCGCCUCCUCGGCGAGUCCUUACCACGCCGGCACGCUAG